AUGCCAUCUAACCCGACCGACCUGAAGGUCCCGACUUCGAGUCGGGCGAGCUCCUGCAGGGUGGGAAUACUCGAGACCACAUCAAGACACCGCCGCAUCAUUGUCGCAUUUUUGCAAGCGGUGCUAAAAGGCAAUCAUCAAGCAUCCUCAUCCGACUCCUGCUCGUUCGUGUCCGGAGCCACCGUGGCAGGCCUAGCAAGCGGCGUGCUCUGCAUGGAGAAGCGGACUUUCUCGACCGGGUCUAUGCAAUUCAGCACGUUCGUCGCCGUUCUCAGCAUCCUCUCGCGAUGGAAGCCCCGGCCUCCUGUUCCGCACAUCAGCACUGCCGAGGGCGGGUACACGGCCCGGAACACGGUCUUUAUCAUAGUGGAGGUGUCAAUGCGGGUGACGAGUCGGUCGGGCUCGACGGUCCCUCUUCGGGGCUCAUCGUCCCCGUCGUCCUCGUCACCAUCGUGA